UUUGCCUCUCAAGUUUCUCUCCUCCUCGCAUACCAUACCAUACGAUGGGCUGUCGCGAGUGUUGCUCCAGCAUUCGCGAGAACAUCCUGUGCUACUGCCUGCUCACCGUCGCGUUCGUCGUGCUCACCGCCGUCGCCGUCAUAAUCGCCGCCUUUGGCGUCCUCCGCCAAGUCACCAUCACCGUGGAUGACGCCUCGCUGACCAGGUUCGAGCUCGCGACCGCCCCGGCGACGGGGCUGGCAUACAACCUGUCGCUGGUGCUGGCCGUGCGCAACAAAAACUGGGCGAUGACCAUGACGAACGAGGAGGCGCUGGAGGCCGCCUACUUCUUCGACGACCAGCAGUUCGAGCGCGUCCAGCUCAGCGACAAGGGACACAAGUACGACGCCUCGAAGACGACGCUGCACCGCCUCGUCAGCGGCUCCGACAGCAGCGUCGUGACGCUGGGCAACGCCGGCGUGGCCGAGUUCGGGAAGCAGAAGGCCAAUGGGACGUUCGAGCUGAAAGUGAAGGUGACCGGCAAGUUGAAGUACACGGCGCGCUACACCAAGUGCAAGAUAGAGGCUACCUGCAGCCCGAUCAAGCUGAAGGUGGUCGCCCCGUCGUCAGCGAAUCCGGAGCCGGGCGUCGUCGUCCUGUUCGAGAAGGUCAAGUGCAAGCUCGCCAAGGCAGAAAAGUACUGCUAGCUGACUGGAAAACCUUCACAAUUAGCCACAUCUGUCUGCCAUCUCUUCGUCGUUUGAUUGGUUUCUUCUGUAUUGUGCUGCAACUUUCUGUCUUUUGUACUGUACUAUUUUGUUUCCAUUCACAUUUGUAACUACCGAAACUUCUUGAAUAUGAGCCCAAUUCAUAUGGUAUUUAUUUUCCAA